AUGCUGGACAUCAUCAAUAUCUUUCAAAGGGCUCGAGUUCACUCGACACAGGUGGUUCGUGCCCCUCGCACAGUUGCAGCCAGCAAAUCUGCCCAUCAUCACGAAAUGUACCUGGGCUCUGUCGCGGUGAAUGAGCGCGCUCACUCGCUUCUUGCACCAGUCUACGCCAAUCUCACGUCCUCCAGCUCUGAUGAAGCCAAUGCACCCACCAGUAACGUCACUCACACCGACGUCCUUGGCUCCGUGUUGGCCAGCACAAAUCCUGGCUUCUGUCCCGACGGUUCUCGAGCAUGGUUCACCAACCUGGGUGGUCUGAUCACGUGGUUCCUUGUGCCUGCAGGCACCAUGAUUUCAUUCAACUCGUUUGCCCUCCUCAUUGUUUGCAUUCAGAUCUGUCGUCUCUCCAAAGAAGCCCGGAUACACGCCUCCCCACAAAAUGAGCAAGAGAAGAAGAGACGGAAGAAGUCGAAAAGUCUUGCUGGAAUUUGCGCCAAACUCGCAAUCAUCCUCGGUGUUUGUUGGUUCGUUCAGUUCUUUGCUGGCUGGUGGCCCCAACUGGUUAAGCUGCGAAGAGCCGUCGGUUUGGUGAACAGUGCACAGGGCGGUGUUAUCGCGCUGUCCAUGCUAGUUAGUGCCAAAGCACGCCGGGCCUUGGCCAGCAUGCUGCCGAAGCGUUGCAGAGGCUUCGUCGCACCCCCUGACUCAACCACGCAACAGUCAAUUUCGAAAGACAAGGAACGAUCGAGUUCGACUUCUACGAAGACGUGGACAUCGGUGUUGUUGCCGAAGCGGAACAGGUCACAAACAGCUAGCUUCGGGAAUCCAAACAAUUAG